CACCUUGCGAGGUGGGGCGGAGUAUGAGGGCGGGGCCGGCCCUAAAUUCUCCUACAGAGGCUGCAGCGAUCCCUCCCCGAGCUCCCAACCGGAACCCUAGUAACUUCAGGUUAGCUAGAAGCAUCUACCACAUUUUCCAGGCAAGAGUUUAAAAAACAAACAAACAAACAAAAAGCUGGGCAUGGUGACAAAGGCUUAUAAUCAGCACCUGAUGGGAUGUCGAGGCAGGAGGAUGAAGAUUUCAAGGUCAUCCUGGGCUUCAUACUGAGUUCUAGAAAUUGGCACGUUAACUCUAUCAUGGAAGAUUAUCCUGUGUACAGUGUUCACAUCAACUUUUCUUCUUGUCGGACUUCAAAAUCAUCAGUGGUUUAAAGAAACAGAGUUUCCUCAAAAACCCAGACAAUUAUAUACCGUAAUUGCAGAGUAUGUCUCCCGGCUCUAUAAUUACCAGGCCAGACUUCGCAUGCCUAAGGAGCAAGUAGAACUCUUAAAGAAGGAAAGCCAGACUUUGGAGAACAAUUUUCGUGAAAUCCUGAUUUUAAUUGAACAAAUAGAUGUUCUGAAGGCAUUGCUUCGAGACCUGAAGGACGGCAUACACAAUCACAGCUGGUCUGUCCCCCGAGAGGCUGUGCAGGACAAGGCUACCACUGAGGUUCUAGAUGAGGAGAUGUCAAACUUGGUACAUUAUGUACUUAAAAAGUUCAGAGGGGACCAAAUACAGAUGGCUGAUUAUGCCCUGAAGUCAGCUGGAGCCUCUGUCAUUGAAGCUGGGACCUCAGAAAGUUACAAAAACAAUAAAGCAAAACUGUACUGGCACGGGAUAGGGUUCCUCAAUUACGAGACGCCACCAGACAUGAUUCUUCAGCCAGAUGUCCACCCUGGAAAGUGCUGGGCCUUUCCAGGCUCCCAGGGUCAUAUCCUGAUCAAGCUAGCCAGGAAAAUCAUCCCAACAGCAGUUACCAUGGAGCACAUCUCAGAGAAGGUGUCCCCCUCAGGAAAUACCUCGAGCGCACCCAAGGAGUUCUCUGUCUAUGGCGUUCUGAAAAAAUGUGAAGGAGAAGAAAUGCUUCUAGGUCAGUUUACGUAUAACAAAACGGAAACAACCAUUCAAACAUUCGAGCUCCAGAAUGCAGCGUCUGAGUCUUUGUUAUGUGUGAGACUUCAAAUCCUCAGCAACUGGGGGCAUCCAAAGUAUACUUGUUUGUACAGAUUCAGAGUCCAUGGCAUCCCCAGUGAUCACACUUAGAGGAGCUGGUGCAGAAGGUGGCAGCCGUGCAGGCAGGAUGUCCAAGGAUGCUUGCCAUUCCCUUACAUCAGAUUGCACCCCUAAGAACCAAAGAUUUGGAGUGGGAGGGAAGCCUCACACUCACCCCUACUAGGCAGUAAGAAGUAAAUGGAUUUUACUAAUAAAAAAAAAUGAAAGUCAAUUCAGCACCUUCUGGUAGUUCACUUUGAGCAUCCAGAGGUGAGUUUGUAUUUAGAAGAGGGUCUUGCUGGGAACCCACCACAGCUUCUGCACUUUAAGUUAUUCCUCCUCCACAUCAGGCACAACGCCCACUCUCACCACUGUUAACCAACCCUGAGCUACAGGCUCUGGGCCGUGGAAGUGGAGAAGCCCCAGAUAAGGUUUAAGUUAGAGGUAAAAGUCAACAGCAUGUUCUGGCCGUGAACGUUUGCAGAUGGUUUGAUGGACUCCUCGGAAUUCAGUACUGUCCCUUUAAAAAUUACAAACGGGCCAGCCACAUGGCUCAGCUGGGAAAGGCCCUUUGUGGCCAAGUCUGGUGAUCUAAGUUCAGUCCUCAGAACAUACAUGGUGGAAGGAGAGAUCCAGCUCUCCAAAAACUGUCCUCUGACCUCCUAUACAAAAUAAAUAAAUAAAUAUAAUAAUUUAAAAAAAUUACAAACAAGUAAAAUCUGUACAAUCUGUUAGAUGUGAAACUGCUGCAUGUAAAUCAAAGCUACACAUAAAUAAAAAUAAUGAUCAGAUGUA